CGGGUCCUCGUCGCGUCCCGAUGACGUCAUCUCCCCGCGCAGCCGAGCCCGCCGUCAUGGCGGAGGUGAAGGUGAAGCCGGAGGUUCCCGACCCUGUGGACAUAGAGAGCAGGAUCAUCGAGCUGUGUCACCAGUUCCCUCACGGCAUCACGGACCAGGUGAUCCAAAAUGACAUGCCCCACAUGGAGGCCCAGCAGCGAGCCAUGGCCAUCAACAGGUUGCUCUCCAUGGGGCAACUGGACCUUCUCAGGAGCAGUUCAGGUCUCCUGUAUAGAAUCAAAGAGUCUCAAAAUGCAAGUAAAAUGAAAGGCUCCGACAAUCAGGAGAAGCUGGUUUACCAAAUUAUAGAAGAUGCAGGCAACAAAGGUAUUUGGAGCAGGGACAUUAGAUACAAAAGUAAUUUGCCUUUAACGGAGAUCAACAAGAUAUUGAAAAAUUUGGAAAGCAAGAAACUAAUUAAAGCAGUUAAAUCUGUGGCAGCGUCCAAGAAGAAGGUGUAUAUGCUGUAUAACCUGCAGCCUGACCGAUCAGUGACCGGUGGGGCCUGGUACAGUGACCAAGACUUUGAGUCUGAAUUUGUGGAGGUGUUAAAUCAACAGUGUUUUAAAUUUCUGCAGAGUAAGGCAGAAGCGGCUCGAGAGAGCAAACAGAACCCCAUGAUACAGAGGAACAGCUCAUUCGCCUCCUCCCACGAGGUGUGGAAAUACAUCUGUGAGCUGGGUAUCAGUAAGGUAGAAUUGUCUAUGGAAGACAUUGAAACCAUUUUAAAUACACUAAUAUACGAUGGCAAAGUGGAGAUGACUAUUAUUGCUGCAAAGGAAGGGACAGUAGGCAGUGUGGAUGGACAGAUGAAGUUGUACAGAGCUGUUAGUCCUCUCAUACAACCCACUGGAUUAGUCAGGACACCCUGCGGACUCUGUCCAGUUUUUGAUGAUUGCCAUGAAGGUGGUGAGAUUUCUCCAUCUAACUGUAUUUAUAUGACAGAAUGGCUGGAGUUUUAAGGUGAAAGAAAUCUGUAAACUCAAUCCAUUCUUCACAGCUAAGAUGACAAAGCAGCUUCUAAAUUGGUGAGCAACUUCAAGAUGUGAAGUUCCUUUGCCUUUUUUUAAGUAAACUCAAUGCUGCAACACAUCGGUUGUGUGAGCAGUCCUGUAUGUGGACUGACAGUCAAACCAGCACUGAAGAUCAAGGCUGAAGUGAAAACAUAGAUCCCAUCUUGUACAAAAUAGGGGUGCGUGACUUGAGAAGUGCCGCAGAACAGCUGUGUGGUGAUGUAUCACACUUAAGGAUUGUGUUGAGAACUCAACAGGAACUUACUUUGAAAGAAAAUAAGUUAUCAGCUGAUCAGAAAAACUUGUUAAUGAGCAUUGCCAAGAAUUAGAUCCUAAACUUUGCUUUCAGACUUGUAGCGCUGGUGGGAGCUUAAGUCUUAAAGCUGACACAUUUAUCCCUAUGUAAAAUAGAAAUCAAUGAUUCUUUACCAUCAUUCUUACCUACUAUAAUUUAUGAUUAAAACUGUAUUUGAUUUUUUUUUUCUUAUC